AUGAAAGUUAUAGGCCUCAGCUUACUCGCUCUGUCCGCGACCUACGCGUCGGCAGCCGCACAGUACACCGGGGGCGAUACAUCUGGUUGCGGCAAGAGUCACUGGUUCAACGGCAUCACGCAGUACCGCAUAAUCAAAUCAAGUGGCGUAGAUCGCAGUUACGGAAUACAUCUACCGUCAAAUUACUCUAAGAAUAACCAGUAUCCAACUAUUCUAGGUUUCCAUGGCUCAAGCAGUAUUGGUCUCUUCUUCGAGGCUGAUACUGGCCUCGAUAGCUCCAAGUAUAUAGGAGACAAGAUCAUGGUAUAUCCGAACGGGCUCGGGGGAGCAUGGGCUGGUGCAAAUUAUUCCAAAGCCUCAGUCCAAGAAGAUCUUCAGUUCGUUUGGGAUAUGUUGGUGGACUUGAGGCGAAAUUACUGCAUUGACAGUGCCCGGAUCUACGCUACUGGCCUGUCUAUUGGCGGCGGUUUUGUUGAUACCAUUGCUUGCAAUGCCACUGUUGGCGGCGAGUUUGCGGCUUUCGCCCCUGCAUCCGGGUCUUUCUAUACCAACAACGAUGCCAAUCAUGAAAACUGUGAGCCUGCUCGUGUGCCUGUGCCAAUUCUCGAGUUCCAUGGGGGCGCCGAUACAGAUGUCAAAUAUGAUGGUGGCGAAGGCGAAGGAGGCAUUGAGCCCGCCAUUCCAGAUUGGCUGAGCUGGUGGGCGCAACGAAACCAGUGCGAAGAGAAAUACGAUCAAGAGGACCUAUUUGAUGACGACGUUCACCACCUUAGCUGGACGUGCAAUGGCCAGACUGGUGUGGUACAACAUUACAAGACUGAUGAUCAGAAGCACGACUGGGCUUCGACAGAGAUCAACUUUUCUCAAAUAGCAGCGGGAGACUUGCCAACACAUAUAUCGGCCAGUGCUAUCAUACAGGAUUUUUUCAUGGCGUUCACUCGUCCGGAAGCUUAG